AUGGCACUACCCUUGAGCUCCAUUCUCGCUCCAAAUGAAACAGAAUUCUCCGGUGAUUUCACCACCGAAACCAUUAUGCCGCUGAUCAAUCGUGCGCUUCCACUCGCUCGUACUCUAAACCCGCAGUUACCCCGCGUAGUCGUGGGCCGAGGAUCCUCAGGUCGGACCUUCUUAGGCGUCAAUGUGGACUUACGAGGUCUGCCUCUUCACUACUCUAUCCACGCCGAGCAGUUCCUUGUCGUCAACCUCGCCCUCCACAACGAGCGAAAACUCAACUGCUUAGCCAUCUCCGCUGGCGGCACCUUCUUCUACGCGCCAUGCGGCCACUGCUGCCACUUUCUUCAAGAAAUCCGAGAUGCGUCUAAUACCCAAAUCUUGAUCACGGACCCAUUAUUCCGCCAGAACUCCAUGCCUCUUUCGACCUUCCUUCCGCAAAAAUUUUUCUCCGUCUACAAUGAGGUCCCGGAAUACUUCGCUCGCCUUCUCGACCACAAUCGCCGUAACGGCCUCACCCUCAUUGAUCCCAAUCCCAUCAGAGAGAUCUGCGUUAAUUCCGACAGUUGUACCCAUCUAAAGUGCAGGGCUCUAAACGCGGCUAACCGAUCGUACGCGCCGUAUAGCAAUUGUUCGUCUGGAGUGGCGCUGAUGGAUCACCAAGGGAAAGUGUACAGCGGAUGGUACAUGGAAUCUGUGGCGUAUAACCCUAGUUUGGGGCCAGUACAGAAUCACAUGGAAUCUGCCGCGUUAUAUCAAUUUGCCCAAUUGGGGCCAGUACAAGCUGCACUGGUUGACUUCGUGACUAAUGGUGGCGGUCACGAGUUCGAUAAGAUAGUCCAAGCGGUGCUGGUGGAGAAGAGAGUUGCGAAGUUUAGUCAAGUGGCCAGGGCGAGGAAUAUUAUUAAGAAGAUAGCCCACGACAGCUGCGUUUUCAAAGUCUUACAUUUCCAGGAGCCGGUGAAGUCCUCAGAAUAAUGUGAGAAACGAGACGGGAACUCACCCUUAAACAUAAAAAAA